GCUCAACCCUGUCUAGCUCCCGAGAUCAGAUGAGAUCGGGUGUGCUCGGUGGUAUGGCCGUAAGCCGUACCACUGAAAAACAGCAGCUCUCUGCAGUUGCUUGUGGACAGUCAUGGCUAAGACAAAGAAGCUCAGUGAGGACCUCCGGCUGUGCUUUGUGGCUGCUCACAAGGAAAGGGAUACAAGGCCUUAUCUAAAUAUUCUCAAGCUCUAGUGGCUACAGCAUAAAGUGUUAUUAAAAAAUACAAGAUGGCCACACCUGUGCUGGCCAGAUAAGAUAGUGAAAGAGGUGAAAAAGAAUCCAAGGUCCACCACUAAGGCCAUGCUGGGGAAUCUGGGCUCUGUUGGUGGCAGACAGUCCAACGGAUACUGCACACUGUUGGGUUCCACGGAUGCAGACUGAGGAGGACGCCAAUGCUCAUCUGGAUAAGGAAGAAGAUUUCUGGUCUUCUGUGUUAAAUGAAUCAAAAAUUGAAUUGUUUGAUCACAAUGAUGUUUCCUUCAUUAGGUGAAGGGAGAAGCCUUCAACCUUGAGAACAUCCCCUACUGUCAAACAUGGUGGUGGGAACCUAAUGCUUUGGGGAUGUUUUUCAGCCAAUGGACCAGGGAGUGUAAUCACAGUGAACGGCACCAUGAAAAAAAGAGCAACACAACUCUGAAUGAAUCAGGCAGUCUGCAGAGAAACUUGGCCUUGGGCACCGGCGAACAUUUCAGCACGACAACGACCCAAAACACAGCAAAAGUGGUGAAGAAAUGGUUGGCAGACAAAAACAUUAACAUUUUGCAGCGGCCUAGCCAGAGUCCUGACUUGAAUUAAGAAUCUGUGGAGGGAGCUAAAGGGUCUUAGGCCCUCCAACCUGAAAGAGUUGGAGCUCAUUGCUAAAGAUGAAUGGAUGAAAAUACCUGUGGAGACGUGCAAAAAAAGCUGUUCUGCAAUUAUAGGAAGCUUUUGAUUGAUGUAAUAGCCAAUAAAGGCUUUUCUAUUGAUUAUUGAGAAUGGUAUGAAUAACUUUGAACGUAACACUUUUUGCUCAAAUCCUCUUGUGCAACGUCUUAUCUUUGGGAGACGCCCAUGUCAUGUCCGGUCAAAAAAAGCCAACUCGCUGGUUAAAUAAAAGCAACUUUAAGUCAAAAUGUGCAGAGGUAUGAAUAAUUAUGGGCUUGACUGAAGCUGUUCUACACCAGGCAUGAAAUCAGAACCUGUAUAUAUUUUGUCCACACAAACAGACACUGCAUUCUCUUUCAGUGGGAUUUUGAAUGUUCACCCUAGCCUGCUGCCGAGAUGGCGAGGUCCAGCUCCUAUCUUCCACACCAUCUUACAUGGUGACAGUGUGACAGGAGUCUCCAUCAUCCAGAUCCGACCUCACAGGUUCGAUGUGGGGCCUAUUCUCAACCAGCAACUCUAUCAGGUCCCUGAGAAUUGCACUGCUGAUGAGCUGGGAGGCACUCUAGCCACAAUGGGAGCACAUCUCCUGAUUAACACAUUGAUGUCACUGUCUGAGAGGAUGGAAAAUCAAAGGGAACAAGGACAAACUGGUGCAACAUUUGCCCCAAAAAUCAAGAUGUCCAUGAGCUGGAUUGUGUGGGAGGAACAGACUUGUGACCAAAUUGACCGUCUGUAUCGUGCAGUCGGGUCCCGGAUCCCUUUGAGGACUAUGUGGAUGAACAGAACAAUAAAACUUCUGGAUUUUGCUGGAAAAUGUCAUGUGUCAUUAUCAGGUAAACAGACGGUAUGAGUGUUUGUGACGUUGGUGGAGUUUUAAAUGAAUG